AUGGCGGACGGCGGCGGCGGCGGGGGCACGGGCUCGGUGGGCGGGCGGAGCGGGCCAGCUUCGGCGGGGUCGGCGACAGGCGCGACGGGGGCCGGUGGGGGCGGCGGUCCCAUCAACCCGGCCUCACUGCCUCCCGGCGACCCACAGCUCAUCGCUCUCAUCGUAGAGCAGCUCAAGAGCCGGGGCUUGUUUGACAGCUUCCGCCGGGACUGCCUGGCGGACGUGGACACCAAGCCAGCUUACCAAAACCUGAGGCAGAAAGUGGAUAAUUUUGUGUCAACACAUCUGGACAAGCAGGAAUGGAAUCCUACAAUGAACAAAAACCAGCUGCGAAAUGGUCUGAGGCAGAGUGUGGUUCAGUCAGGGAUGUUGGAAGCUGGAGUGGACAGAAUCAUUUCUCAAGUGGUGGAUCCCAAACUAAACCACAUCUUCAGACCACAGAUAGAAAGAGCAAUUCACGAGUUCCUGGCAGCCAAGAAGAAAGAAGCUGUACCAGCGCCCCCCCCAGAGCCGGAGAGCCAGGACCCCCCCGCUCCCUCCCAGGAUGCUUCCUAAGAGUAUGUCUGGCACCUUUUGGAAGCUCCGUUGAAUUAACCAUGAAGAAAUGGAUUCGGUUACUUAAGAGUACAACUUCAGAAUGAAGACAGGCUGAGGUCGCCACUGAUUUCAGCAUUCAGCUUUGACUGUGGGGGAGUGUCCAGAUGGGACAGGCAGUAGCAGAGCUGACCAUGUGUGCCCCCUCACCGUGCUGCCAUCUGGUCAGCCCGCCGAAGGGGAUGACGCCCAGUAGACACUACAGAGAUGUAAAGAAACACUACAUCAGUCUGGGGUUGUCCUGAAACAGACCUUUCUACUUGAACUUGAAGACUGUGGAUUUUAGGGUUUGUGUUCCGGGAUCCCUAGAGGGGCUGUGGCUACCGCGAAGGAACAUGACCAGUCCCAGAGAUGACAGUCAAGGUUAGCAUGGAGUAGGACUUAGUGCUUAUUUGUCAACUGGGAUGUAUCAGCCAUCAGCACCACAUAGCUCUAAAGUUGUCAUGACCCUCUUGUACGUGAACCUUGUAGCUUCGCUUUCCUUUCCUCUGUGAGAGGUGACAACACAUGGGACCCUAGAAUGUGUGAAGUACAGACAUCAGGGAGAAGGAAAAACAUUUGCAGGCUCUCUGUCCAGGGCUGCUGCUGCUUAUCCUGCAAGGGCUAGUGAGUCUUGGGUGUGUUUAUUUUAUUCUCACGUUUGUGUUUUUUAGAAAAGUUGAAUGAUCAAUAAAUAGCUUAAGUUUUGUAAUAAAAUCAUUUGAUACUCUUA